UGAAGAAUUUAAGUUGGCUCAUUUUGGAUAAUUGCAAUAGUUUAUGAUGUGCGCAAACAAGCUAUAAUCUACCUAUAAAAGAUCCCUUGUGAUGUUCUGGCUCCAAGAUUGGAUUCCAAUUACAAAUAAUAUCCACCUGAGUUGAAAGAAUCUUCACUGAGAAAAGAAACACUAUAACCUUUACAACAAAGCCCAGGGCAGCUGUUUCAGGCAUAUUUGAAAUUAUCUUUGAAAUCAUAUGACAAAGAAAGCCUUCGUUAAAUUUUUGCUUUCUUGUUCAGAGGGCUUUUAUGUAUUUCUUCCCUUUGAACAUCUGCAAAAUAUGACUGACGUGACAACUACGGGGGCACUUACACUACUAUGUGGUAAAGUGUACCCCACUGAAACAUGCUUGCAGGGAAGAGUAUUUCUUAGCAAAGGUUAAGAGCAGAGGAGAGUGCCCUGUCAGAGGCUCUUUAAAGCAGUCCUUUGAUUACCAUAGCUCCACCCAGUGCUUAUCCAGUUACCGGUCUCUGUUUAGCUAUUGGAUGAGAGUCUCUACUCAUGCAAGGUAGUGAAUCCCUGGGGGGGUGGGGCUGGGUCUGAAAGAACUCCUUUGGCAAGCAGAAUAGAGGUUUUAUUGAGGAUAUUUCUAAGCUAACCAUCAGGGACCAAGUCACUGGAUUGUAAAAAAAUAGAGCCGGAUCGCUCUGCUUCGUUCUCUUUCCCACUCUGUUCAUUUCAGUGAGCAGCACGGAGCACAGCAGCUCUUAAGCACCCAGCAGCACACAGAAUGCAAGGAAUCUACCUCCUCGUCUUAGACCAACAGCCAAAGUACCACUGGUGAGAGAAGACCUGAGAGGAAAUAAAGGGUGGAAAUAAAAACAGAAAGAAGAAGAUUAAAAGACGAUCACUGGUUGAGCAUUUGGCACAGGGACUUGUGUUGUUCCGUGAGUGUUAUCUUGUUGCCUUCUCUGAGUGUCUGGUCUUCUAGUCCUUUCCUCCUCCAUCCCUGUGCAGACAAGGUCAUGGGGUGGCUGAGGAUAUCAGUGCUCUCCAUAUGCAUGCUUCUUACUUUGCUUGGUGAUGUGGAGCCGGCUGUACCUCUAGAGGACUUCUACCCAUUUGGCCAAGAUGAGGGUGACUCCCAGACUGUCGAACAGGAUGAUGGAGGCUCAGGACUGGUGGCAAUAUCUAUGGCUUUCCCUUUCUUCGGAGAACGGCACACUGGACUCUAUGUCAACAACAAUGGCCUGGUGUCUUUCCUGAGGGAGGUGUCCCAGUUCACCCCUGUGGCAUUUCCUAUUGCUGGAGACCGCAGAGUGGUGGCUCCAUUCUGGGCAGAUGUUGACAACCGGCGUGCAGGAAAAGUCUUUUAUCGGGAGAGCAAAGAUCCUGCAAUCCUGUUGAAAGCCACUGCAGACAUCAGCCGUUACUUCCCAGAGUUCCCUACAUUUGUCACUACAUGGGUGCUGAUUGCUACCUGGUAUCAAGUUACAUUUUUCGGCGGAAGCUCAAUAACUCCGGUGAACACGUUUCAAGUAGUGCUCAUCACAGAUGGUGAGCUGUCCUUUACCAUCUUCCAGUACCACAAUAUUACGUGGACAACAGGGAUGCAUGCUACCAGUGGUGGUGACCUAGCUGGCCUGGGCGGCAUAGCUGCACAGGCAGGUUUUAACGCUGGGGAUGGGAAGCGCUAUUUCAACAUCCCAGGCUCUCGCACAGAUGACAUUGUUGAAGUUGAGACCACCACUAAUGUGGGCUAUCCUGGCCGCUGGGUCUUUCGCAUUGAUGAUGCCCAUGUGCAAGUGGGUGGUUGCAAUGACUCAGCCUCUGUCUGUCCUAACUUGAGGCCUUGUCUACAUGGUGGCCAAUGCAUUGAUGACUGCAUCACUGGAAAUCCCUCUUUCACUUGCUCGUGUCUGGCUGGCUUCACAGGACGCAGGUGCCAGAUAGAGGUUGAUGAGUGCUCCUCGUACCCCUGUCAGAAUGGAGGAACAUGUGUGGACAAGAUCAACUUCUUUAUCUGCCUGUGUCCAGUGGGAUUGACGGGGACAACAUGUGAAACAGAUAUUGAUGAAUGCCAAGAAAGCCCGUGCCUUAACGGAGCACAGUGCAUACAAGGUGUCGGCAACUUCACUUGUGUAUGCCAGGCAGGUUACACGGGCGUAUUAUGUGAGUCAGACAUAAAUGAAUGUUCAUCCAUGCCAUGUUUGAAUGGAGCUCUUUGCGAAGACCGGGUAAAUAACUACACCUGCACCUGUACAGCAAACUUCACCGGAAGCCACUGCGAGACAGAGUUGGUCGUCGUUGAAAACUCCUCUAGUACUGAUGCUGCAAAUGAUUCAGUUCGCUGUGUUGGAGAUGGCUGUGAAAAGCACCAAAUCUGCAUAUUUAUUGGCCCUGGAAACUACAGCUGCACCUGCGCACCUGGUUACUAUGGUGAAAAUUGUGAAGAGGAGUGUCUCUGUCAGAAUGGAGGUGUUUGUGUUGAUCUGAAUGGCACCUGUGAAUGUCCGACGGGUUUUACUGGAAUCUACUGUCAGUUUGAGGUAACACAGACACCCUGUAGUAACAGCAGACCGUGUCCUGAUGGAGGCCCGUGCUUAGAGUAUGGUGGCACAUACCUCUGCACCUGCCAAACCGGUGUCGACUUUGACCACAAGGACUUCUACCCAUAUGUACAGCCCCGAUCAGCCUGCGAUUCCUCACCGUGUCAGAAUGGAGGGUAUUGCUUUGAGAGAGAUGGAGACUACAUUUGUGAGUGCAAAUAUGGCUACAGAGGCAAGCAUUGCGAAAGAGUCAAAAAAAGUAUCUGUGCCUCUAGUCCCUGUCGUAAUGGAGGUUCAUGUAAAGAAGAAGCUGACAGCUACCAGUGUGUGUGUCCCUACCGUUUCACAGGGAAACACUGUGAAGUGGGAAAGCCGGAUCCUUGUUCUUCCAGUCCAUGUUUGAAUGGGGGAACUUGUUUCCACUACAUUGGCAAAUACAAAUGCGAGUGUUCACCAUCCUUCAUCGGGAGACAUUGCGAGAUCAGCAGAGGAUCCAAUCUGGAUUUGGAGGCUCUGGAUUGUGGCUCCCCUGUGAAGGUCAAGCAUGCAGAAGUACAAUAUUCCUCUACGACCCCAGGCUCCAAUGCUCUGUAUGCAUGUCACCCAGGCUACACUCCCCUCCUAAGAGCAACCCAGACCACCUGCACCAACCAGGGGUCCUGGAGCCCGCCUCCUGUCUGUGAAGAAAUAAAUGAGUGUUUGUCUCAGCCAUGUAUGAAUGGGGGAACCUGUCGUGACAGAAUAGCCUCCUACCUGUGUGAGUGUGAGGAUGGAUUUACCGGCCAGCGCUGUCAAACAGAUAUUGAUGAGUGCCUUUCUGAGCCAUGCAAGCAUGGAGGUACAUGUGAGGAUCAGCCUGGGUCUUACUUCUGCCACUGCCAGCAGGGCUAUGCUGGACAGGACUGUGAGAUAGAACAGGAUGGAUGCGAGCCAAAUCCUUGCUUGAAUGGAGGUGUGUGUCGAGACUACAGGGGGAACCAUCUGUGUGUGUGUAAAGAGGGUUAUGUUGGAGACCGCUGCCAAACAUUGGAUAAUCCAUGUGUACUGCAGCCUUGUGGGAACCGAGGCAUCUGUCGAAGCGAUAGGAGAGAGAACUACAGCUGUGCCUGCAGGGUGGGCCGCACAGGGAGAGACUGUGAGAGAGACCUGUUACCUCCAUCUGGCCUGCAUGUGUUGCGGGUUGAAGAAAAUGAAGUGGAGUUACGCUGGGAUCAGUCGGAUGCCACUCAGAAUUUGAUCAGCGGUUUCGCCAUUGCUUUUGCUCCUAUUGGUCGUGUACCAAGGAAGACAGACUUCCUGGAGAAGCAGCAUUCUACAUAUGUGCUGCAAGGCCUGAACCCCGGACAGCUUUACAACAUCUCUACCUUCUCGGUCAAACGCAAUACCAACAGCAAUGACAUAAGCCAGCCCGCUUUCGCACUCAUCCGCACUAGACCACGUAAGGUAGAACAGCUGGAGGUAGUGAAUGUAUCAUCCUCUCAGGUAUGGCUACGCUGGCUUGUCCAGGUUGACCGCCACUCUGCAGUCAGUCAAGUUCGAGUGUCCCUGUUGCCUCCAGAUGGGAGUGGACCUCGCACGGCUGUCUUCAAUAGCAGUGUCACAGAGUACACCUUCAGCACAUUGCUCCCAGGUCAGAUGUACACAGUGGACAUAGUUACACAGAGUGGUCUGCGCCCUGAAGAUCUGCCAUCAACCAGCAAAUCUGCUGGACCAAUUCACUUCUGGACCAGACCCCUCCCUCCUCAGAAUCUUUCACUCUCUCGUAUCACCACAACAUCUGCUCGAAUAACAUGGGACCGUCAUCCACAAAGUCUUCCAGAUGGUUUUGUAGUAAAUAUUACUCGAGGCCUCAACACUCGUAGUCGCUACCUUCCUGACGGAAGUUUAGGGACGUACACCCUUCGCGACCUUGUUCCAGGACAGCAUUAUCGUCUUUCCCUGACCUCUGUACACAAAACAGGCCAGGACAACAUUCAAAGCGUCCCUCAACAUUUAGCUUUUACCACUCUUCCAAGAGGUGAAAGACCUCAGGGUGGACAGGAUCAUCAAGUGGGUCAGACCUUGACACAAGUUCAAGAUGGGGGCACAGUUGACAACACAGAUCAUUUAGAAGAACCACUAAGAUACACAGAGCUUAUUGAUGGUAGAGGGAGGAUUACAGCCAUUACCAGCCUUCCACAUAAAACCAUCAGACACCGUACAAAGCCAGAUCCACCAAUCAAAUUAGAAAAGAUGGAAGAAACCACCAAUAAGAUCAGUCUUGCUCUAGAAAUUCCGGAAGAAGAGGCAAAGAAUAUAUCUGAUAUACUCCUUAUCGUUCUUAAGAUCGGUAUCUUCUCUAGUGUCUGCACUAACAAAUUAAAAAUUUCCGUUUUUUCAAAUGUAGACAUAAAUGAAUGUUCAUCCAUGCCAUGUUUGAAUGGAGCUCUUUGCGAAGACCGGGUAAAUAACUACACCUGCACCUGUACAGCAAACUUCACCGGAAGCCACUGCGAGACAGAGUUGGUCGUCGUUGAAAACUCCUCUAGUACUGAUGCUGCAAAUGAUUCAGUUCCCUGUGUUGGAGAUGGCUGUGAAAAGCACCAAAUCUGCAUAUUUAUUGGCCCUGGAAACUACAGCUGCACCUGCGCACCUGGUUACUAUGGUGAAAAUUGUGAAGAGGAGUGUCUCUGUCAGAAUGGAGGUGUUUGUGUUGAUCUGAAUGGCACCUGUGAAUGUCCGACGGGUUUUACUGGAAUCUACUGUCAGUUUGAGGUAACACAGACACCCUGUAGUAACAGCAGACCGUGUCCUGAUGGAGGCCCGUGCUUAGAGUAUGGUGGCACAUACCUCUGCACCUGCCAAACCGGUGUUGACUUUGACCACAAGGACUUCUACCCAUAUGUACAGCCCCGAUCAGCCUGCGAUUCCUCACCGUGUCAGAAUGGAGGGUAUUGCUUUGAGAGAGAUGGAGACUACAUUUGUGAGUGCAAAUAUGGCUACAGAGGCAAGCAUUGCGAAAGAGUCAAAAAAAGUAUCUGUGCCUCUAGUCCCUGUCGUAAUGGAGGUUCAUGUAAAGAAGAAGCUGACAGCUACCAGUGUGUGUGUCCCUACCGUUUCACAGGGAAACACUGUGAAGUGGGAAAGCCGGAUCCUUGUUCUUCCAGUCCAUGUUUGAAUGGGGGAACUUGUUUCCACUACAUUGGCAAAUACAAAUGCGAGUGUUCACCAUCCUUCAUCGGAAGACAUUGCGAGAUCAGCAGAGGAUCCAAGCUGGAUUUGGAGGCUCUGGAUUGUGGCUCCCCUGUGAAGGUCAAGCAUGCAGAAGUACAAUAUUCCUCUACGACCCCAGGCUCCAAUGCUCUGUAUGCAUGUCACCCAGGCUACACUCCCCUCCUAAGAGCAAUCCAGACCACCUGCACCAACCAGGGGUCCUGGAGCCCGCCUCCUGUCUGUGAAGAAAUAAAUGAGUGUUUGUCUCAGCCAUGUAUGAAUGGGGGAACCUGUCGUGACAGAAUAGCCUCCUACCUGUGUGAGUGUGAGGAUGGAUUUACCGGCCAGCGCUGUCAAACAGAUAUUGAUGAGUGCCUUUCUGAGCCAUGCAAGCAUGGAGGUACAUGUGAGGAUCAGCCUGGGUCUUACUUCUGCCAUUGCCAGCAGGGCUAUGCUGGACAGGACUGUGAGAUAGAACAGGAUGGAUGCGAGCCAAAUCCUUGCUUGAAUGGAGGUGUGUGUCGAGACUACAGGGGGAACCAUCUGUGUGUGUGUAAAGAGGGUUAUGUUGGAGACCGCUGCCAAACAUUGGAUAAUCCAUGUGUACUGCAGCCUUGUGGGAACCGAGGCAUCUGUCGAAGCGAUAGGAGAGAGAACUACAGCUGUGCCUGCAGGGUGGGCCGCACAGGGAGAGACUGUGAGAGAGACCUGUUACCUCCAUCUGGCCUGCAUGUGUUGCGGGUUGAAGAAAAUGAAGUGGAGUUACGCUGGGAUCAGUCGGAUGCCACUCAGAAUUUGAUCAGCGGUUUCGCCAUUGCUUUUGCUCCUAUUGGUCGUGUACCAAGGAAGACAGACUUCCUGGAGAAGCAGCAUUCUACAUAUGUGCUGCAAGGCCUGAACCCCGGACAGCUUUACAACAUCUCUACCUUCUCGGUCAAACGCAAUACCAACAGCAAUGACAUAAGCCAGCCCGCUUUCGCACUCAUCCGCACUAGACCACAUAAGGUAGAACAGCUGGAGGUAGUGAAUGUAUCAUCCUCUCAGGUAUGGCUACGCUGGCUUGUCCAGGUUGACCGCCACUCUGCAGUCAGUCAAGUUCGAGUGUCCCUGUUGCCUCCAGAUGGGAGUGGACCUCGCACGGCUGUCUUCAAUAGCAGUGUCACAGAGUACACCUUCAGCACAUUGCUCCCAGGUCAGAUGUACACAGUGGACAUAGUUACACAGAGUGGUCUGCGCCCUGAAGAUCUGCCAUCCACCAGCAAAUCUGCUGGACCAAUUCACUUCUGGACCAGACCCCUCCCUCCUCAGAAUCUUUCACUCUCUCGUAUCACCGCUACAUCUGCUCGGAUAACAUGGGACCGUCAUCCACAAAGUCUUCCAGAUGGUUUUGUAGUAAAUAUUACUCGAGGCCUCAACACUCGUAGUCGCUACCUUCCUGACGGAAGCUUAGGGACGUACACCCUUCGCGACCUUGUUCCAGGACAGCAUUAUCGUCUUUCCCUGACCUCUGUACGCAAAACAGGCCAGGACAACAUUCAAAGCGUCCCUCAACAUUUAGCUUUUACCACUCUUCCAAGAGGUGAAAGACCUCAGGGUGGACAGGAUCAUCAAGUGGAUCAGACCUUGACACAAGUUCAAGAUGGGGGCACAGUUGACAACACAGAUCAUUUAGAAGAACCACUUAGAUACACAGAGCUUAUUGAUGGUAGAGGGAGGAUUACAGCCAAAUUUACCAGCCUUCCACAUAAAACCAUCAGACACCGUACAAAGCCAGAUCCACCAAUCAAAUUAGAAAAGAUGGAAGAAACCACCAAUAAGAUCAGUCUUGCUCUAGAAAUUCCGGAAGAAGAGGCAAAGAAUAUAUCUGAGUCAUCCCAAGACUGCAGAACUCAGACUUGCCAGAAUGGUGGUACGUGUGUUCAGAUCGACGAGUUAUUCAGCUGCACCUGUGCUACUGGUUUCAAGGGAAGGCGAUGUGAGCUAUAUUGCCAGCGAUUGUCUCACCCAUGCACUCGACUUUACUCUGAAACAAAGAGCGUGCCUGUGUGGGAAGAUGGUGUCUGCCAUUAUUUGUACAAAAGGACAUAUAAAGUUCAACAGGAUGUUUGUUUUAGAGAAAUCUGCGAGCCUUUACUGCCUAAAAAAACUACAAACAGAAGAACUCAAAGACAGCAAUAAUAUGGAUCCUAAAUGAAUGAGGAUGCAUUACCAGCACUGUUAAAACUUUUUUGCAUCACUGGUCACCUUUCGUUGACUGAAUUGUCCUAUGGAUUGUCUUGGUAUUUACAGUUCCAGUUCUGUAUAUGACUUUUGACCAUGAUUAAGCAGCUAUCUGCAUCAAAGACCAUACCUCAAAUGUAAAUAUUUUUGAAUAUUGACAUGUAGUGCCGUCUAGUCCCUCAGGAAUUUUUUUUUAUAACUGCCUGCUUCAUCUCUAAAACCUACAAGUAUUCCUCAUUCAAUCUGAACUGGUUAUAGCCUUAUCGUCUCAUACAACAAGAUCACAAAAAUACUGGAAGAGAAACAUCACACCUUUGUUUUUGUUUUUUGUAAAGCAAAUCUCUCUGCUAGCUACCAUGUAAAUAGUGUUUAUAGUCUGUUUUUGUCGUUUAAUAUU